GAUGGUUUGAAACUUUGUAGCAAAGUGACUUAACUUUACUCGGUUUACUGUCAACACUGUAGCAACAUGGAGGUAGGCAGAGAUGUGGCGUUUUACUGACAGAGACCUACCAAGUUCAGCAACUGUUAAAAGCACGAUGUUUAGAAAACGGAUUGGUGUACACCUACCCCUCGUCCUGCUGCCGUCCAGAGGGGAGUGGAGCCGGCAGAGGCAGGUAGCAGCAGCCCCGGCUUGGUGGACGCAUCCGUCGCAUUCCUCCACCAUGCCGGACCGGGGAAAGAGGCGACGACUGGAUGCUGUCAGCUCAUUCAACCUAUUAGACACCGGCAGCUCCAUUUAACUCCGCAUGUCAAAGUUUGCAUUUUCAUGACGCAGCAGCAGCAGUGUGGAUGGAUUAAAGGUAUGAGCAGGAUGCCUUGAGCUCGCGACCCCAUGCCAUUUACUGGUAAAUCAAUAAUUUACAGAGAGUGACUACAUGGAUUAAUACAUUGGAACGGAUACAUAAAACAUGGGAGACCUGGAGUGUGGCUUUGAGGAAAUGCAAGGAGUGAGAUUGGGAUACCUGCUCAUCAAAGGCAAGCAAAUGUUUGCUUUGUCUCAGGUCUUCACCGACCUGCUGAAGAACAUCCCUCGGACCACGGUGCACAAGCGCAUGGACCACCUGAAGGUGAAGAAGCACCACUGCGACCUGGAGGAGCUGCGGAAGCUCAAAGCAAUAAACUCUAUAGCUUUCCAUGCCGCUAAAUGCACUCUCAUAUCGCGGGAGGACGUGGAGGCUCUGUAUUUCUCCUGCAAGACGGAGCGUGUGUUGAAGUCCAACAAAAGGAAAGCGAAAGCGGUGUGUUCCCCCGGGGAUGAGGAUGCGUCCCCGGGGCUCCUCCGUGCGGACGCCGAACUGUGGAAGGAAAAAGUUUGGUUUAGUUUGCACGGUGUCCCGGAGACUCUCACACUUCACAACAAAACGGGCAGGAGGAGAGAGCUGACUCCUUGCCUUGCCGACUCCAAACUACCUCAAUUUUACCACAAAACCCACGGACGGGAACACCUUUCGGUGACUAAGUCCAGUCACAAACACUUUAAAAACUAUGAAACAGCUAAAAUAACAGGGAACCGUGUUACUUUGAGCCAAAGGCACUCGUUUUUCCGGAGCGCAGUGAGCCGGCAGCCGGUGGUGCUUCAGUCCGCCAUAGCUGCUCAGUCCAGGCUCUCGCGCACAGCCGGCGACCUACUUCACAAAAGGAAGAGGAGGCGCGAGGGGGGCGGCGGCAGGGACAGCGCGAGGCGCUCGUGGAGCAGGAGCAGACACGCGCACCACCACGUUUCACCGGUGCUCCUCGUACAACCCAAAUCACCCGGCAGUCACGGGACUUCUUUUGGCGCUUUCCACCUCGGUCCGGAUUUCUAUCUUGACUCCAGACCUCACCAUCAUCAUCACCACCAGCAUCACCAUCAUCAUCAUCACCACCACCACGAGCCGACUUUCCCGGAGAGUUACAGCAGCGACACCGAGUCCAGCACCUACUCAGACCGGGCGUACCCAGACUCCGACUUUGGGUCCGGCUUCUCCACCACCAGCAACUCCGGGAGCUCAGAGGAGGAAGAGGAGGGCGAGGAUGAAGAUGACACGCAGUCAGAGAGUUCAGAUGUCAGCUCAGACGAGGAGGAGAGCUCCUCUCAGUCCGACUCGAGCUCCGUUUCUAGCCGUGUUUCGGUCCAGAGCAUCCGGUUCAGACGGGCUCGGGUCGGUUCUCUCGCCAAAAGUCUCAACACUAGUAAAGCACCUUUGGUCCUGCAGCCCACGUUUCACUACAACAACCAGCAGCAGCAAGAGAAACAACACAGGACACAGGGCCAUGCUGCCACUUCACAGACAGGCCACAGACAGGAGAAACGUAAUAAAUGUGAAUUUAUAUGCAGUGAAACUAGAAAGGACUCGGGACCCUUACAGCCACCAAAAUUUAACUCCACUGUUGUUGGGGAGAGCUUUUUCACUGAGGCCAAAAGGGAAAAGGCGUUUGAGGCUGAUCCAAACAGGGCUGACCCUGUCUACGAGCUGGUCCCUUAUACACCGGGGCUCAACCGGAAUAAGGCCUUUCACCCCUCACGCAGGACACCGGCGCAUCCCACCAAGUGCCCCCCGGGACUGAGCGCACAGUGUGACCAAGACAAAGACGCCAAGCUCCCCAAAUGUACCGACAAAAGAGAGGCGAAGGCCAGCAGCCUUAAACUGCCCACUCCACUGAAAAAAAUAAAGACCGAGGCGGAGGAGCACUCUGUGACCGCCGCCCCCCACUCGGAAAGCGGCAGGACAGCCAGGACACCACCCUUCAACCUCCACAAUGUGAAAGUUAAAGUGGAGGAAAGCUGUGAUGAAUAUGAAUACCAGAGCCAGGCCACUGCAGUCAAAUGUAAAGGAGAUAAGGCAGAGAGCAGCAAUGGCCAAUAUCCCAGCGGAGCCAUCAAACAAGGGGACUUUUUCAGCAGCGGGAUUAAAGCCACAGAUAAGAGCCAUGAGGCGGCUUCCAGGUCCCCCUGUAGUCCUCAGGAAUGCUGGAGCACCCAGGACACUCCAUGUAUCGAGGAGGGGGAGCACAGGAGCAAAAACUGCAGAGCUCCGGUGCUGAGGAAUAAGAAAUCCAGAGUUUCCAGGACGCAAACAAAACAAAACGUGUUCUGUGUCAACAAGGCUGCCUCUUCCUCUUCCUCUACUUCUUCUUCUUCUUCUUCUCGUCCCGCGGGCUGCGAGGAGGUUUCGGCGGAGGAUUUACCGAGCAGACGCAAACGCAGCACCGCGAGCACUGUAGUAUCGCCUGCGAAAAUGCCUUUCAGCCUGAUGGCAAAUUUCCCAUCCCCGCCGUCGCUGAUUGUUGGCAGCGACGGGGAUUUGUGCCCUGCUUACUCCCUGAACUCGCUGAGGGGCCCCGGGCCUCCCCCUCCGUCCCACCCCGUGUGGAGGUGGCAGCCAGGCGGACAGAUUCUCCCUCCCCCACUCGCUCAGAGAACUAGGAAAUACUGAGCUGGUUUUUAAAGCAAAUUUUUUUACAAAAAUAAAGUCCCGGCUGUGUCCAUUUCCAACCUAAUCGUAGCCGGAGUCUUAACGGAAGCUCACCAAAUUGCUCGCAACUUUAUCGGUGUUUAUUAUUAUUUUUACUUCCCUUUUUUCUGUGAAUGGGUUUACAUUCCGCUUUGUUUUGAAGUUUGAUCGAGGAAAACCCACAAGAUCCCCUUUUUGGAGCCCCAGAAAACGCCCACAGGACUGUAAGACACCGCUCAUGGAUUUAUGCUUAAAAACUUUAAAAUAAGCUAUCAGCCCUAAGGAAUAUGUUAGGUUCUCAUUAUUGUGUUUACUUGACUGUUUUUUCUGAUUAUUUCUUCUUCGCUUUUCUAUGCUCGACCUGUUGGAUUGUAUGGUGCCAGGGUUUCAGUGGUUUGUGCUUUGUCUGAAAGAGGAAAGGGGUUAAAAAAAAAACCUCAGCAUUCCUUGAGAUGAGGCUACUCUUAAUCUAGCUCGGACUGAGGGCACAUUUGACGUGGUAAAUAAAGAAAUCAGGGUUUCCCAUUCUGUGCCACUCGGUAUGUUUUAUAUAUCAAAGCUGUGUUUUCUUUCAUGACUGCCAUGCUGACCAGCGUGGCCACAGUGGCCCAUUUGUCCAAAUGUUCAAGUUCAGAGAAUUAUUAAAAAUUGGUUUAUUAAUGUCUAUCUAUACAUGCUCACAGUUAAGCCUUUAUUAGUUUUGACAGGAAUGUAUUCCUGGUGGUUGUGGGGUUGUUGUUUUUUUUGUUUUGUUUUUUUCUAGAGUCCUUGUGAUCUGGUUUUCAGUCUUAUUUUUAUUUCUGCGGAGUAUUUUCUGGUUUGCAUAUGUGUGACUGUGCACAGAUGCAGGUCCAGACACAACACAGGCCUUAUGUACAGACAAUCACGAAUGAAUAAGGCUCAGACCUUCAUAGCACGUUCUGCCCCACGGUAGGUUCAUGUCCCUCCUGCUCCACUUGGCCACCGAUUUCCGUAUUUGCGUUUAGAGCACGAACAUGAGUUUAAAAAAAACAAACAUACUGUAAAACACAUAGACAAUAGAUAAGUUAUGGGAAGGAUGUGAUUCAGGAGUCACAGUGGGGAAAAACAGCACCAAAACAGCGUGAAACACCUUCUAGCUACUCAGAAACAAUGCGACAAAGCACAAGAUAUAGGCUUAAAUGCAUUGCACUUUGAUACUGUUGGGGGUCUUGUUUCAGCUUUGGGGUUUUCUGACUAGCCUGUGAAAUGAUGUCUGAGAAAUGCUGAUAGGGGAAAAAAACCCAGCGAAAGAUGCGACUGUUUAAUUUGGAUGUAGACACAAAGGCCAAACUGCAUUCAUUUGACUGCCAUUUGAAUGUUUAGGAUUCAUCCACGUGAGUUUCUAACCAUGCCAUGAUGAUUUUCUGAUUGCCUUUAAUUUAAUAAUAUGCUAAUUUCCGUGAAGCAACUGUUGUCCAUUAUUCUAUUUUGAGUUGAAGUCAAAUGUCUCGAUCUGAGCUGGAAAAAAAAAACGUCAAGUAUUUCCUAUUAUUGGCUGUGUUUCUCUCUGAUACACCCCAAAAAAUCCGUUUAAAAUAUUGUAAAGUACAUCACAAUCCUUAAUGUAGCCUUUUGAAUAUGGCCGCUCAGUGAAUGUAGUCCCUCAGACCUGUUUCAUUUGGCCCCUAAAUUCAGUGUACACACCUUUUUUUUUUUUUAAACAGUAGUAACUCAAGUGGUUGAAGUUGCACCGACAUGUAGGUAUUUUAAGUAAAUGUGUAGAUGUUUUUGAUGUCAGUGCAGGAUGCGCUCUGCUAAUUGACAGGCUUUUUAGUCUGCGACAAAGAGAGGCCCAGCUUAUGGCGAGCCAGAUCACAACAAACCCAAAGCCAGUGAAUGAUGUCAGCCCCCUCACAAGCGCAGCAAAGGGUGCAUUCAUUCAGAGGAUUGGAGAAACAAUUUAAUGGGUGAUUGUAAAAAGAGAUUUUUUUUUUAAUACAAUAAGUGAGUUUCACUCUGCCUAAAUCCAUGGGGAUACAUAUGGUGGGCUAGAUGUUUAGCCAUGUGAUUAAAGCACCACUCUGCAGCCACGAAGCCCCAUCCCACUAUGGGCCUUAUUUCUGAGGCUGGAAGCGACAAACUUGAACUUAUAUUCCCAGCCUGUAAACUGGCAAUUUUUGAAGCCAUGCCACAAGCUGGUAUAUGAGCAGGCUAGCAGUAAAGCGGAGGGGGUUGCACACGGUUGAGAGGGGGAGUUGCUGUGUUGCAAGAGCGAAGCUUUCAACCUUUAAUCCGCAUGUCAAAAGCAUAGGCUGCACGGCAUAGGAAGAAGAGGAAUAGCCUUCGCCCAAAGCUGUGCGGGUUUGCCCCCCUGACGCACCAGCCUAUUCUCACGCAGUGCUCACAAUACGCGGCUGAGGGACGAAGAUGGUGGUAAUGGCCUGUUGGGAGGGCCUUUCCACCGUUAAGACAAAUAGCUCUCUGACAGUGACGCUAUCAAUGUAAACAAUUGCAUCGUGCAGCAGCUAGAGGUUGCAUGCACUCUUCCCCCCUCCUCUUCCUCCUCCUCUUCCCCACUUCCCUGCCCUCCUCAUUCACUUCGCUUUUUUGAUACAAUACUUGAGGUCAGGUUUUUGACACGGAAUUUGAAGUCACUGGUUGUUUAUAUAAAACUGAAUAUUUAUUUUUGUGAAUUUUCUGGGGUUUCUUGUAUAUUGAUUGAUUUUUUUUUUGUUGUUGUUGUGAAUAUAGGCUACUAUAUAGGACAACUGCACUCGAAAUGGAAACUUGAACGGUGAAGCACUUUCCCUUUCUUUUCUUUUUUUAAUUAUGAAGCAUUCAUUAAACGCGACUGAGUGUAA